ACGGGACCAGCUCAAUCUGACGCUGCUGGGGAGCGGGGAGCAACUUUCUUUAGAGCACAGAAGGAGACGAAGAAGAAGGAAAAAGUAGAAAGGAUUAAUUGUUUUUGUUUUUUUACCUUCAUGGAAAAUAACUGAAAUAUUUUGGCUCCGCUCUACAGAGACAGAUUGUUUGAGCUCCCAGAGUCCUCUUUGCCACAAUGAGUUGGGGGGCACUCUAUGCCCAGCUAGGCGGUGUCAACAAACACUCCACCAGUCUUGGAAAGAUCUGGCUUUCUGUCCUUUUCAUCUUUCGCAUCACCAUUCUGGUUUUGGCUGCCGAGAGCGUCUGGGGAGAUGAGCAGUCAGACUUCACAUGCAACACACAGCAGCCCGGCUGCAAAAAUGUCUGCUAUGACCACUUCUUUCCUGUUUCACACAUUCGCUUGUGGUGCCUGCAGCUAAUUUUUGUAUCGACGCCAGCCCUGCUGGUGGCCAUGCACGUUGCCUACAGAAAACGUGGGGAUAAGAGGACCAUGCUGGCUUCCAACGGCUCAGAUAAGAUGACAGAUAGCGAGCUGGAGACACUGAAGAGGAGGCGUCUGCCAAUCACAGGCCCACUGUGGUGGACCUACACCUGCAGCUUGUUCUUCCGACUCAUCUUUGAGGGUGGUUUCAUGUACGCGCUGUAUUUUGUCUACGACGGUUUCCAGAUGCCCCGGUUAGUGAAGUGCGAGCAGUGGCCUUGCCCCAACAAGGUGGACUGCUUCAUCUCCAGGCCAACAGAGAAGACCGUCUUCACCAUCUUCAUGGUGUCCUCAUCAGCCAUCUGCAUGGUGCUGAAUGUGGCCGAGCUGUGCUACCUCAUCGUCAAGGCGCUCAUGAGGUGCUCGAGCAGGUCAAACGCAAGGAAACACAAUUACACCAACACAGACAGUGUGGCACGGGAUAAUGCCCUGCUGCAGAACAAGAAGAACGAGAUGUUGUUGUCUUCCUCCACAGAUGGGUCCAGCAACAAGACCAUGUGUUGAAGGACAGCCAUGAGUGGUGGAUGAGUACCACAAAAAAAGAAAAACAUAACUGUAAAUCCAACCACCCACAAUGGUGAUAGUGUCUACAGUUUGGUUAUCAGGAUCUAAAUGUGGGUACUCACCAGAGAUGUCUCAUGGGAUGGCGAAACAGCUUCUGAAGCAGAUUUUGAGACUGUGGGAACUUCAAAUUAACAGAUAUUAGUUUAAUUAGACAGCAACAUGUGUUGGGCUGAUCUUCCUCCUACAAUAAUUUGUAGGAAAUCACACUAUAAUUUGUAUAUUUGCUCUGUUUUUCCACAAACUGUCGUAAUUCGAACACCAAAGGCAGUCAAAUGUUCUUCCCUGUUGCUAAAUCAAAAAUUAUUGGUUUACAGUAUAUAUUGUAAAUUAGUAUUAUGUUAAAUCAAGAAGAAUUCCGACCAGUGGGUCUUACUUUGACGGCCUGUUUGUGUGCUGGGAACAAAAUGCCGACAGGUAGGACUUAAACACAAUAAUAUCGUUGUGGAUCAUCCACAUUAUCACAAGUGUCACCUUACUUUUCUUACAGUGGAUGUUUGAUAGCGUACGAUGGCGGUUUUAUUUAUUGUUCGCAGUUUGAAGUUGCAUCAAGGUGCCGUAAAUUCCUCGAGUGAGCAGCCAGAUUUUGAACCAGAGAAGAAUGAGUGUACGCUGACAUCUAGUGGUUCACAGUGGAACCUUUUAAGAGCACAAACACCAUCCCUCCAAGCUUGAAUGAUUUGUUUAGUGUUAAAGAAGAGGAAGUGAAACAGAUGAAGUCAUGAAAAGUGAAGCAGCAAAAAAAGGUCCAAGUGCCUUUGUGAUUAUGUUUUAGUGUCUAGUUUACAAGAUUCAAUUGAUUGAUGUUUAAAAUAACUGAUAAGAGCAGAUGAGUUUUUAUGAUCCUGUUGUGUUGAAUCAAUCGACCGUAGCAUGAAGUUUGAAAAUUUAUAGUUAAAUGACUUCCGAUGAAUAAUGUUAGUUUUAGUUUUUGUGUUGAUAAUUGCUGAGAGUGUUGCACAGAAUAAUAUUACGCUGAUAAAGAAUUUCUAUAACACGGUGAAGUCUGAUCACACCGCAUUAGUUUCGUAGAUUUGAUGCUCUUUGCUGUUCGAUCAAAUUCAGAAUGCCUCUUUUCUUUUACUUGAACUGGAAGUAUUUGCUUCGUUACAUGAGUUUAACACUGUGUUGUAUGUUUUCACACAUUCUGUACUGUACAAGAUGUUUUAUGUUCUUCAGUCAGCGAGUGCUAGAAAUCUCCACGACAGAUCAUAUUGCAUAGAUGUUAAUUAUUUGCUCUGAAGUGAAGCUGCAGGGUUGAUCUGGAGUUCUUAAAAAGAUGCAAAAACAAAUGACACAGAAAUAUGAAUUCAGAAAUACUAAGCAGUGUUAAAACAUGCAGAACGCUGUCAGGCUUGUAGUGAUUUCAGAGACAAGUUUAUGAAUAACUGACUCAAUAUUUUUUGCAUUUUUGUCACAUUUGUUUUUGCCUCCUGGUGAAGUUGUGAGUUGAAGUGUUUAUUUUAAAAAGCAGAUAUCAAAUUAGACUACUUAAGACUACUUAAAAAAAUGUAUGGAUUGCUCCUAAAGGCUCAUUAUCAUUGGUAUUGACAGAAUAUUCAAGUGUCUUCUUCACUGUUACCGUUCUGAUCAUCCAAAAGUUGUCCUGUUCAUCCCAGACCUGCUCCUCCUGUAUCACUUAGACGUGCGGUGUUGUUGUUGCAGUGUGUACUGACCCCAGCUGGUUGUAUCAGCUUUCAGCAUGUGCCUUCUUUUAGCCACCGCACUAAUCACCUCUCGCCCUUUUAAUGCGAAGAACUACGGCCGAUGUCAAAGUGAAAAUGUCUUUGUCCUCCCACCAUCCAGGAAUAGCUGAGAAGGAUUAGUCACAUCUCUGUUGUUAAAAAAAAAUCCUGUUAUGUGAUUGGGUUAUUAGAGAUGACUGGAACGAAGACGAGUUGGACAAUCAGUUAGAUGUUUCAGUUGCAACAUCAUAAAAAGACAAACUGGAUGAGUCAUAUAUUCAUUUUAGACAACUGGUGGAGUUAUGUGGAGUUACAGCAUGAAGGGUGAUGUUUUUUACCCAAUAUCCAAAAAAUGCCAAGUCAUGCAUUGUCACAGACAAAGCACACUGCAGAUUUUAAAAAACAAACAAACAAAUAUUUAUGAUUUGUUUGUUUUGUAUGUCUGCUCUGCAUGACCUUUGACCUCCUGCUUUCUCUAACAGCCAAAUUACUUUUUUUUUUGUGAUAGCGACAAUAUGUAAUGGACAAAUGUUUUUAAGGGACGAAUGCGCUCAUUGAAGUCCCAGGAUGUUAUUAACAUUUUUUCUAUUCAGAGUUCUUCUACAACCUGCUUUUAGCAGCGAACACUGUACUAAUGAACAAACAGCUGUGUAAGAAAUGAAGACAUCCAAUGUUUGUGAUUGUGUUUUGUACUUUUCAGUUUUUAUUACACUCGCACUUUGAUCC